CUGAAAGGAGGUGAGUUUAAAAUGGCGGACGGCGCAAUAGACUUUAAUAUCUCCAAUACGAAUUAUUUGGAUCCUAUUGAGAAAUAUUGUAAAAGUGUGCCUAAUACUGUCUUAUCUCCUGAUGACAUGUCGAAACAGAAAGAACAUAUUUUGAGCGACAUCGAGAUGAGCAAUCAAACGGAGAAAGAAGAAUCAAUUGAGAAUCACUCGAAAAGCGUGGAAGUUAUGGCAAUGGCACAUUCUGAAACACCAAUGUUAGAAGACGAAGAAAUGCCGACGUACAUUAGUGUUUCAACGUCCUCUAAAUGCGAAGAUUCAGAUAUCAGUAAUGCAAAGCAUCAUGAGGAAGAAUCACCUACAAAGGAACAAUCUCGUAGUCCUUGUACAAGUGAACGAGAAGGCCCUGCUAGUGUUUAUGUUCUCUCGUCCGAAGAAGAAACAAAUUACGAGGAAUAUUAUAGAGAUUACGGCGAGAGAGAUUAUGGCGAUAGCGAUGAUAUGGAUGAUAUAGAAAAUGAUAAUGACAAUGGAAUGUUAGAUGAUGACGAUGAAGAUGAGGUAGAAAAUGUACCAGAAUAUGGAUAUAAUGAUGAGGAAUAUGAUGAUAAUUGGUUGGAAACUGCGUCAGAUUGUUUAGGGAUUAAAAGUAAAUUGAAAAAGAGAUAUAGAGAUAAAAGUCUCUCUUUGCAAGAUUUAACCAUUUUUCAAAACAAUGCUUGCGAUUCAGAAUUGGGAAAAAGAAACAGAUACAAACAUAUAGAGAGCAAAGUAAAAAAUUACAUUAAUGAUAUAAAAGAGCAAAAUAAAUUUUCUUCGCAAAGACGUUUACAAGAUCAACAAGCAUUUACAGGAGAGCAUAUAAAAGAUAGAAAUUGUGCAGAUGGAACAGGUAUUGACGUGGAACAAAUAAAAGAUAUAAAAACAAAUAAAGUUAUAAAGGACUAUGCAGAAAGAGCUAUUAAAGAUUUAGAAAUUGAAGAGUCGUAUACAAAUAAAAAUCUAUAUAUGGCUCCAAUAACGGAAAAUGGUGAAGCAGAAGAAGAGGAAGAAGAGGAGGAAGUUGUCAUUGAUAAACAUAAACAAGAUACGAAGUCUGCUGCCAUAGAUAUGGGAGAUAAAGAAUUUUUAACUUCUGGAAAAAAAAAUGGAAAACGUAAUGGUUCAGUCCAAAUCAAUAUACUUAAUCAUAACUACAAUCAAUUUCCUGUUCAAAAAAAUCUAAAAUUCACAGAUGAACAACCUUUGGUUAAUGGACAUCGACGACAAUUAAGUCUAUUCAAUCUUCGCUCGUUAAGUUACGAUGAAUACAUGCAGAAUAAUACGAACGUCACUCAAGAUGAGCAGUUAAACAAAGAUAUGAAUAUUGAACAAAAUGAAAAUAAUGAUAUUCAAGCUUACAGUGAUGUUGAUGUUAUAAAUACCAUUGAAGCUGACAAUAGUAAUGCAGCCUGUUCAUUAAAAAUAGAAAAUGUGAAGAGCAUUAGGGUAAUGAACGAAGAAUCAAAAGACAAUACAGAAACGAAAUUAGAAAAAAUAAAUGAGGAUACCGGUAAAAGUAAUUUGGAAACCAUGCAAAUAACAUUAUUGAAGAAUCAACUCGAUCAAAAAACUAUUCAAUUUAAUAACUUAAGAAAUGCGUAUCAAAACACUCUGGCAGAAAAUUUAAAGAUGAAACAAGAAUUGGAAGAAUUAAAAAUGUCUCUCACAAAACACAAUAAAGAAAAUCGAACUUGUGAAACAAAAGUAGUAGCGGUACAAACUGACGUAGCGAUAAUUACGGAAUCAGUAAUAGAAAAUAAAGAAAUUACUGAUAUUAAAGAAAAUUCUAACAAAAUAUCUGGAAGUAGUAUUACAUCUGCAUUGAGCUCUAUAAAUCAAUGGACGGAUAGUGCAGGUAGUUCUGGUAUAUCUAUUAAACCACCAGAUCUAGGUACGGUAUUAAAUUCAGAGGAUAGUUUAGUGAUGACAGAUGAUACACCUAGAAAAAUAAAUCGUCCUUUGUCACGAGCAUUUGUCACAUCUUCCAGAAUAUUACAAACACUUUCAAAUAUAACACAAGGUAAAUCAAAGUCUGAUAUAAGAUCUACUUCUAACAAUAGUAAUAAUCGUUCUGUUAAAAGACCAAGUGGAAGUGAUGAAAGUGAAACCGUCAAGGAAAAUGAUGGUUCAAUAAUAGCUGGUUCUAAUACCUUCACAAUAAAAUCACCGCUCAAUACGAAAAAGAGGAAAGCCACUGAAAUGCUUGGAAAUUCAAUAUUUUUGCAACCAUUGAAAAUACCACAUACUGCAGAAAUAAAAAAAAAAUCAAGUACGACUACGUCUGAUUUCAAUAUAGAUUUCAAAACACCAGAUAAUUACAGUGAUACAAAAUUAGAUACACAAAAGAAUAGAAUAAAUAAUGUAAGUCGUUCGGCUAGUCCUACAAACGUAGAAAAUAAAAAUGAUAAAACAGAAGACAUUGAAAAUGAAGAAAGUAAUGUAAAAUGUUUUGUAUAUCAAGAAGAUGAAAAUAUUGAUGAUCGAAGUAUUUUGAUACAGGCAGAAAUACCUAAUAAUAACGAUCAAGAAACAACAAAUAUAAAUUGUAUACGUGAAUGCGGUCCAUAUCUGCUUGGUAAUGUAGAAGUACGUAUGUCCGAAGUAAAUGGUACGAUCAACAUUUGGGGCAAAGAGAUAAGUGAAACAUCAAUAGCCGAAAAAGAAGAAGAUUUAGAAGUAUCAACAAAAUCACCUUACAUUAAUAAAAAAUGUAUUUGUUUGCAAAACACAGUUACACCACAUAGAAAGUUCAAUGGUAGUCAAAUGGUAUGUUCAACGAACAAAAAAGUAAAGUUACCACCUAAGUGUAAUGAAGGACAUAAUUCGCAUCAAUACUUGAAUGUACCAACUAGAUCAGAUGAAAAAGUAUAUGUAGAUAACUUAUUGAGUCCAAGCGCUUCUGCUGCUUCGUGUGAAAAGUGUAUUUUAUUGAACCAACAAAAAGAAUGUUCCAUACACAAACGACAUACUAAUCUACAUGAAAAAUCACAUUCCUGUUGUUUACAUCAUAUAGAGCAUUUAGAAAGAGAUUAUAAAUAUGUAUGUGAUUGUGAAAGACUAAAACAUAUUAAUGAUAGUCCUAAUUGUGUUAAAGAAGGAUUUUGCACAGAAAAGAAGUUCCCAUUUAGAAAUACGCCAAAUUCUAGGAAGGAUUUGUACGAAUAUAUAAAUCCAACAGUCGAUGCCAAAGAAGUGAUAUGUAAGCAUCGAACUACGUGUCGUCGAUCUUCUUUACAUAAUACAGAGGCGAAUUUUCAGAAUGAUAUGAAAUGCUGUAACACGAUUAGAGAAACAUCACACACGUGUAAAUCAACGUUAGGAUGUAUGGGUAAUCACGAUAGCGGUGUUGAACAUUUUUAUAACCAUAGUCCAAUUGGUAACAACGAUGACCUGUUAAUCCCAGAAAGAAGCUCCUGCGAAACACCUGAAAUUAGACAAAGAAGAUCCAGCGGUAAGAAAGUGAGAGGAAUUUUAAUGGAUCUUUUAAAAAGUUGUGGAGAUCAUCGCAAUGGGAGUACAAGUUCAAGUAAAAGAUGUUCCAAUGGAAAAGAGGCAUCAAAUUCGGUUAAUUCCUCACCAUUAAACAACGUCACAUCUUGUAACUCGCCAGAUGCUGCUUGUUCAAAUUUGCAGCAAUCUAAUGGAAGAUGUUGUCACGCGUAUACACGACGUAUCGAAUCUCAACUGGAAGAAUUUCGUAUGGAAAUGGAACGAGUACGUUCGCGUUCCGAUGCUAUACUAAAUUUACUCAAUAUGCUUCAUUCUGUUGAAAUGAACUGAUACAGUUUAAACAACAUUAGAUAUACGUGCCCUUUCCUUUGUACAUAAUAUUUUUUCUUUCUUAUUU